UCCUGAUGGACCAAGACGUGCAAGUGUCUGCUCUGAUAACAGACAGAAAUCGGCAGGUGGCCAAGUGGGUCCGUGAGAAAAUGUGUUCAGAAGGAACAAGGCAUUUCUUUGACGUCUGGCAUAUUGGGAAAAGUGUACAGAAAGCACUGGAUGCUGCUGCAAAAGAGAGGGACUGUGAGGAUCUGAAGCUGUGGAGGCCUGCCAUUAUCAACCAUCUCUACUGGACCGCAGCUUCCACCCCUACAGGAGAUCCAGAUGAGAUGCAGGCAAAAUGGCAGAGUAUGAUAAAUCAUGUACAGGACAUACAUGAACACAGCACUCCUGCAUUUACCAGCUGCGCACAUCCACCGUUGGAAGGAGAGGCAAGAAACAAGGAGUGGCUGGAACCAGGAUCACCAGCAGCCACUAAACUGGAGAGUGUAGCUGCCAGGAAAGCACUGGUAAAGGAUAUUCGACAAUUGUCACCUCAGCAUCAGACAUUCUCCCUGGAGGCCUACCAUUCCCUUAUUCUGCACUUUGCUCCCAAACACACUGGCUUUUCUUUUCUUGGGAUGUACAGCAUACUUUUCUUGGCAGCCCUACAUUUCAAUAGUAAUGGCAACAGAGAUGUAGCGCGAACUAGUGAGGUUGAGGGACGCUACGCUGUUCGCUACCCACGGUUUCGGAAAGGUGGCUGAGUAGUCCACCCCAUCAAGGAGAAACCAUCUUACGGAUACGCAACAAAUCUUAUGGUCUCUCUGGUAGAGGGAUACUGCAAGUCACCACAGGCCCUACAAGAAAGCAGUGCCAUCUUGUCCUCUGCUGCACCGCCCCC